CUGUUCAACAGACUUGCUGCUCACUCCUCCUCCUGGGUUUCGCAAGCUAACUCCGGAAAAACAAAAACACAGACGCCACGAUCAAACCCAAGAAUAAUCAUGAAGUUGUCUGUACUUCGUAAUGCCUGCCGCGGUCUCCGGAUACAUCAAGCCCAUCCAGGAAGCAGGGUCCUGGGCUUCUCGGGGAGAUGUCUGGCCGUUGGUCCCUCCAGCAGCCCGCCGGGGAUUCACCGGACAGCGGCCACUACAAGCCGGGCUGCCCGUUCAAAACAUGCCCUCAACUUUGGCGGACAGUCCCAGAAAGGGGGUCUGUUUGAAAACGACCAGUCUGUGAGGGAAGUGAUUCAGAGCACCAAAGAGGCAAUGGUGGCUCUGCAAAGAGAAAAUCCAUCACUUCAGCCUGUGUUAGCCAUAAUACAGGCAGGCAAAGAUGACAACUUGCUGGAGAUAAAUGAGAAGAUGGCAGGGAAGAUUGGCUUGAGCAUCACUCAAAUCUGUCUGCCGAAAGAGUGCACUGAAGAUGAAAUUUUAGAGGAGAUACUGAAGCUGAACGAGGACCCAAGGGUGCACGGUGUCUGCCUCCACCUCCCCCCUGCUUCCCUUACCAGCCGAGUGCUCAACACAAUCAAACCUGAGAAGGACGUGGACGGGAUAUCUGAUCUGAAUAUGGGCCGCCUGGUUCGAGGGGACAUGAGCAAAGGCUUUGUGCCACCCACAGCCAGUGCUGUCAUGGAGCUGCUGGAGAGACACGAGCCUCCUCUGACAGGAAAAACAGUGCUCCUGGUCGGGGGUGAAGGACCCCUUGGGGUGGCCCUGCAAUGCCUUAUAGAGAGAAGUGGAAUGGUGGCUCUCAAGAGUCAUGGGAGCUCCGAAGUCCUGCAGAGACAGGUGAUGCAGGCCGAUGCUGUGGUCCUGUUACAGACGGGCCAUAUGAACCUUCCGCCCACCUGGAUUAAACCAGGAGCAGCUGUCAUCAGCUUUGAGCCCAGCCUGAUGACAGACGACCAUGCAGCUGAGAUGUCCUCACAGCCCAAGAUAGGACACCUCAUUGCAGCUUACAGAAUGCAGAAUGUAGUGCGCAGCAGCAGUCACUGGCUCCACGAGCAGCAGUACAAAGCCUGGAGGCUGCGCAGCCUCAAGCUGCAGCCGCUCACGCCCGUUCCCAGUGACAUCGAGAUUUCUAGAGCCCAGACCCCCAAACCAGUGGACCAGCUGGCUGAGGAGAUCGGCUUGCUGCCAGAGGAGCUUGAGGCCUACGGGAGAACCAAAGCUAAGGUCCGCCUCUCCAUGCUGGACCGUCUCCAUGCACAGCCUGAUGGGAAAUAUGUACUGGUUGCUGGCAUCACUCCCACUCCGCUGGGCGAAGGUAAAAGCACUGUGACCAUCGGCCUAGUCCAAGCCCUGUCCGCCCACCUCAAGCUCAACUCCUUUGCUUGUCUCCGACAGCCCUCACAAGGACCCACAUUCGGAGUCAAAGGGGGAGCUGCAGGAGGGGGAUAUGCUCAGGUCAUCCCCAUGGAGGAGUUCAACCUCCAUCUGACCGGGGAUAUUCAUGCCAUCACUGCAGCCAAUAACCUGGUGGCAGCAGCCAUCGAUGCUAGGAUGCUCCACGAGGCCACGCAAUCAGACAAGGCUCUGUACAACAGACUGGUACCUUCAGUGAAUGGAGUCAGGCGAUUCUCACCAAUCCAGAUCGCCAGGCUACGUCGGUUAGGCAUUGAUAAAACUGACCCUGGAUCUCUGAUGCCCGAGGAGGUCAGCGCCUUCGUCCGCCUUGACCUUGACCCCUCCAAGGUCACCUGGCAGAGAGUUGUUGACACCAACGACCGUUUCUUGCGGAAGAUCACAGUGGGACAGGCGAGCACUGAGAAAGGACAGAUGAGAGAGACUGGAUUCGACAUCGCGGUGGCCAGCGAGAUCAUGGCCAUCUUGGCUCUGGCAGACAGCCUGAGUGACAUGAAGAACAGACUGGCACGCAUGGUGGUGGGAACCAGCCGCUCUGGCCAGCCCGUCACCGCAGAGGACCUGGGUGUUAGUGGAGCACUGGCGGUGUUAAUGAAAGAUGCCAUCAAGCCGACACUCAUGCAGACCCUUGAGGGUACGCCAGUGUUUGUCCAUGCCGGGCCCUUCGCCAACAUCGCCCAUGGCAACUCUUCGGUGCUGGCAGACAAGUUGGCUUUGAAGCUGGUCGGACGGAACGGCUUUGUGGUGACUGAAGCAGGUUUUGGAGCCGACAUUGGGAUGGAGAAGUUCUUUAACAUCAAGUGUCGGGCGUCAGGGCUGAGGCCCAAUGUGGUGGUGCUGGUUGCUACGGUGCGAGCACUAAAGAUGCACGGAGGAGGUCCGAAUGUCUCAGCAGGCGCCCCUCUUCCCAGAGAGUACAUCGAUGAGAACUUGGACCUAGUGGCAGGUGGUUGCCGUAGCAACCUGAGGAAGCAGAUCCAGAUAGCACACCUGUUUGGUGUACCAGUGGUGGUAGCUCUAAAUGUCUUCAAGACAGACACCCAGGCUGAGAUUGACCUGGUGUGUCAAAUUGCCAAAGAGUGCGGGGCAUCUGACGCUGUGCCAUGCCACCACUGGGCGCAGGGGGGACGGGGCUCGUUGGAGCUGGCCCAAGCCGUGAACGAGGCCACCAGCAGACCUAACAACUUCCAGUUCCUGUACAACCUGGAGAUUCCCAUAGUGGAGAAAAUCAGGACAAUAGCCCAAAAAGUGUAUGGGGCUGAUGACAUUGAGCUGUCCCCAGAGGCCAAGGCCAAGAUAGAUUACUACAACCAACAGGGCUUCGGUACACUGCCCAUCUGCAUGGCCAAGACCCACCUCUCCCUGUCUCACAUGCCUGAGAAGAAGGGUGCACCCACCGGAUUCAUUUUGCCAAUCAGGGAUGUCCGUGCUAGCAUCGGUGCUGGCUUCAUCUACCCGCUUGUGGGCACAAUGAGCACCAUGCCCGGCCUGCCCACCCGACCCUGUUUCUACGACAUCGACCUCGACCCGGUCACCGAGGAGAUCACCGGUCUCUUCUGAGCAUGCUCUCUCUUCAGGUAUCCAAAAUGCUGUGCACCGCAACAACCUGGCUGCCGCUGCUCCACCGUCUCCCCGAGCUGUCACCCCCUCACAGGAAAGGGAGAAAAUGAGCCAGAAGAGUUAGAUUGUAGAUCGUACUUUCCAAGCGGCCACCGUCUGCAUUACUCGCUACAUCAUCACAUGAGGUCCUUCUCGUGCCACCUUUUGCGUAGUUCCCUUAAAUUGGGACUGUAUGUUUGUCGUUUGUGGCCUUCUGUAUUGAUGUCUGUUUUUCUCUGAGAGCAUUCAGUUUACUACCUCAUUCACUCAGUGCCAAGGCUCAAGCAUAUGAUCCCACACUUGUACUCACUCACAUGCAUACAGAGUUCAAAUCUUCCCUUUUUUUCCUCCCCAAGCUUCUCCGCUCAACUUUGGUGCUUUUCAGCUGCACAUCUUUGCGAUCAAACUUGCCCAUCCUUUGUACUCUUGACAUCAAACGCCUUUUCUCCCAAGUAAUCGAAACUGUUCCCACAUAGCAACAGCAAAUCCUGGUAAAAAAUCUUAAGUUUACUACACCAUUGACUUUAUGCUAUGUUUGCACAUCUAUAUGAUAAGCCAAAGAGAGACUUUUUGCAGCCUGCUUAUGCUGCAUAGCCUUUUGAUCUCUUCUUCUCAAUUGUAUGUGUGUGCAAGAGUCCAUUUAAAUGUUUCAAUUAUUUUUGAAUUUUACUUAAUAUUGUGUUUGGCAGAAUUCUAAUUUACCUUUUAUGUCUGAAAAGAAAAAAAAAUGUUUCUUGAGAUUAUCUUACAACGGUGCUAAAGUUUUUAUACAUGUCUUAAUAAGUGUUAAAAAAUUAAAUGUGGCACAGCUCGUGUGUGUACGAACCAAAUUCCUGUUUUAGGCACAAAACUGCCGUAGCGAUGUUUACGUGGCCUCUGGUGUCCUGCUGAAUGUACAAGAUGCUGCACUGCCUAAGAGAAAUUUGACCCUCUCUUUCUCAUUUCUAAGCCUUUUCUGAGAUGUAGUCUUAAAUAUCACGUUUUAAGAGACCAACUCGCUGUUCAUCCACGUCGGCCUAAAAAUGCCUGUUGCCUCCCGUGGCUGUGUUUCAGUUUACAAGUUCGUUUUCCCCAUUCCAUCCCUUUACUUUGUUCACGUACAUGUUGUGGCUGGUUUUUCAAUCAUGAUGUGAACUUGACGCCUUCCAAAAGCUGUUUAAAGAACCAAUAUGAAUUUAAGCAAAAUUAAAUUUGGCCAAGUAUGAUUUAAGGACGAAAAUCUCAUUGAAUUGGAACGUGCAACUGCAUGUGUGGUGCGAAUUUUACAAUUUAAUUCAAAGAGGAAGAGGAACUUUAUCAUACAGCUGCAACCAGGGUGUGACUAAAACAAAUACACAAUUGUUUGGAAAUAUAGUGAAUGAUGGUUUCACUUAAUAUAAUACACUUGUAGUGUUAUAUUAUGCAUUCUGCUACUAUGUUAUCAAAAGUCUGUGCUUUUUAAAUAAACCUUUUUAUUUACU